AUGGAACUCAUUGCUAAAAGACACAACAAAGUCAAAAGGAAGGAGCAAGAUUCGAACGAAGACAGCAACGGGUCAAACAGCUCGGCAGAAGAUCUCGCGUCCACAGAUUCUACCGUCGAGCUGCUGCAUGCUGCCUGUUCUCGAAAGCUGAGCCUCGGAGGUCAGGGCGACCAAGACUUUAAGCAAGAAUUCCAAGCCUCGUCAGACGAAGAGGCCGAAGACAGCUUCUUCGUAGAGGAUGACUACCAACCGUCGACCACCCAACGUCCCCGAAACGGCCUCCACAAUCUCGCCAACAAAACGAAAGGGAGACGAAACCAUCCAUAUCAGCGCAGGCCAAGCCAAGCCCAGCAGACCCAAGGUGAUUCGUCCGAAGCCAACAUGGCACAUCGUGGCUCUCUCUCGCCGGAGUUUGUGGCUCCCAGGAUGACACCUCAUUCUCCCGUGUAUGCGACCCACGCUGGCAUGAGCGGGCUAUACACAACCAGCCAUAUCAUGUCGCCGAUGUACACUACAAACCAUGACAUGGGUCCUUUCUACGCCUCUUCCAUGGCCCAAACUUACCACGGCUUGCCGGUUCCACAUCAGCCAUCAUAUCGAGAGACGCAUUCUGACGACUUUCAAUUCUAA